AUGCGGCCUUUGUGGCGAAGCUCCGGGCACUGUGCGGCCCUCGGCUGCUUCCUACUCCUCCCGCUGCUGUCCCGCGGCGCGGACAUGCCGGUGGGGUCGACCCUGUCGCCGAGCAACUCGGCGACGUGGACGUCGCCCAACAACACCUUCUCGCUCGGCUUCACGGCGUCCGCGUCCUCCCCGUCGCUCUUCGUCGCCGCGAUCUCCUACGCCGGCGGCGUGCGCGUCUGGUCCGCGGGCGCCGGCGCCGCCGUUGACUCGGGGGGCUCGCUCCGCCUCUCGUCCAACGGCGACCUCCAGCUCGUCAACGGCUCCGGGGCCGUGCUCUGGUCGUCCAACACGGGGGGGCAGAACGUGUCCGCCGCGGCCGUCCAGGAGAGCGGCAACCUCGUGCUCAAGGACUCCCGCGGCGCCACGCUGUGGCAGUCGUUCGACCACCCCACGGACACGGUGGUGAUGUCGCAGAACUUCACCUCCGGGAUGAACCUCACCUCGGGCUCCUACGUCUUCUCCGUCGACAAGGGCACGGGCAACCUCACGCUCCGGUGGACCAGCGCCGCCACCACCGUCACCUACUUCAACAAGGGGUACAACACCUCCUUCACGGGGAACAGGACGCUGAGCUCGCCCACGCUCACGAUGCAGACCAACGGCAUCGUCUCCCUCACCGACGGCACCCUCACCUCCCCCGUCGUCGUCGCUUACAGCAGCAACUACGGCGAGAGCGGCGACAUGAUGCGGUUCGUGCGCCUCGACGAGGACGGCAACUUCCGCGCCUACAGCGCCGCCCGGGGCAGCAACGCCGCCACGGAGCAGUGGUCGGCGGUGGCGGACCAGUGCCAGCUACAACGGCACGGCGCCCGUGUGCGGGUGCCCGUCGCAGAACUUCCAGCUCACCGACCUUCCAAGCCGCGCGGCGGGUGCACGCGCAAGGUCGACCUCAACAGCUGCCCCGGCAAUUCCACCAUGCUCCAGCUCGACAACACGCAGUUCCUCACCUACCCGCCGGAGAUCACCACGGAGCAGUUCUUCGUCGGGAUCACCGCUUGCCGCCUCAACUGCCUCUCGGGAAGCUCCUGCGUCGCGUCCACCGCGCUCUCCGACGGCUCGGGCCUCUGCUUCCUCAAGGUCUCCAACUUCGUGAGCGGCUACCAGUCGGCCGCGCUGCCCAGCACGUCCUUCGUCAAGGUCUGCUACCCGCCGCUGCCCAACCCGGUCCCGGGCAGCACCGCGGGCGGGAACUCGCGCGGCGGCCCCGGCGUCCGCGCCUGGGUCGUGGCGGUCGUGGUCCUGGGCGUGGUGUCCGGUCUGGUGCUCUGCGAGUCGGCGCUGUGGUGGUUCUUCUGCCGGCACAGCCCCAAGUACGGGCCGGCGUCGGCGCAGUACGCGCUGCUGGAGUACGCGUCGGGCGCGCCCGUGCAGUUCUCGUACCGCGAGCUGCAGCGGUCCACCAAGGGGUUCAAGGAGAAGCUGGGCGCGGGGGGGUUCGGCGCCGUGUACCGCGGCGUGCUGGCGAACCGGACGGUGGUGGCGGGCCGGCACCGGCUGCUGGUGUACGAGUUCAUGAAGAACGGCUCGCUGGACGCGUUCCUCUUCGGUGACGGGAAGAUGCCGUGGCCGACGCGGUUCGCCGUGGCCGUGGGCACGGCGCGGGGCAUCACGUACCUGCACGAGGAGUGCCGCGACUGCAUCGUGCACUGCGACAUCAAGCCCGAGAACAUCCUCCUGGACGAUCACUUCAACGCCAAGGUCUCCGACUUCGGGCUGGCCAAGCUGGUGAACCCCAAGGACCACCGCCACCGCACGCUCACCAGCGUGCGCGGCACCAGGGGCUACCUGGCGCCGGAGUGGCUGGCCAACCUGCCCAUCACGGCCAAGUCCGACGUGUACAGCUACGGGAUGGUGCUGCUGGAGACCGUCAGCGGCCGCCGCAACUUCGACGUGUCGGAGGAGACCGGGCGGAAGAAGUUCUCGGUGUGGGCGUACGAGGAGUACGAGAGGGGAAACCUCGCCGGCAUCCUCGACAGGAGGCUCCCCGCGGAGGACCUCGACAUGGCGCAGGUGGAACGCGCGCUGCAGGUGAGCUUCUGGUGCAUCCAGGAGCAGCCGGCGCAGCGCCCGUCCAUGGGGAAGGUGGUGCAGAUGCUGGAAGGGGUCAUGGAGCUGGAGAGGCCGCCGCCCCCGAAGUCGUCCGACAGUUUCCUGAGCACCACCACGGCCACUAGCGGCGUCAGCUCCAGCAUGGUCUCGACGGUCGUCUCGUCGGGCCCCCCGGUCGCGCCCGCGCCAUCGCCCAACCUGGAGCAUGAGAUGGCGCUGGGACGAUCCGAGUCGGCCAGGAACCGUGAGCGGGUAUCGCGGCAGCUGCUGUCGCCGCAGCCGUACAUGACGAUGUAA